AUGGCAGACAAGGCCCAGACCUACCCCAAGAAGCAGACCGGCGUCACGUUGAAAUGGGUGGGGCCCCAUACUUCCUCCGAUCAUAACCUCACUGAGACUGUCCUUGAAAGCAUAUUCCCCGAAGGGGCAGCGGAAGCGCAGCGGGUGGAGUGCAAGAUCGAGACGGUUGCGUGGCGCAAGCGGCAUAUCUCUGCAAGCGUUGAGGUGGCGGCGAGUGCAGAGAGAGUCUGGCGCGUGCUGACGGACUAUGAGAGGCUGGCGGAGUUCAUUCCGAACCUGGCCAAAAGUGAGCGCAUCCCUUGUCCGACGCGGGGCCGCAUCUGGCUGCUCCAGCUAGGCGUCCAGUCCUCCAUGUACUGGCAGAUUGAAGCGCGUGUGGUGCUCGAUCUGGAGGAAAAGUUUGCAGCGCCUGGGGGGCCGGAGCUGCACUUCUCGAUGGUGGAGGGAGACUUCAAGCUUUUUGCCGGGAAGUGGGCGCUGCGAGAGUCAAACAGGCACGGCCAUGUGACCUUGCAUUACGAAGUCGACGUCCUGCCCCGGGCGAUCCUCCCGACCGCUUUUGUCGAGCGCAUCAUUCAGGCGGACCUCCCCCGGAACCUUCGCGCCAUUGCCAACCGCGCACAGGCUUUAAUGACGUCAUCUACUGCACCAUCUCUGACGUCAGCAGAGGGUGCUGCGCCGAUUUUGGACUUAGAAAUCGAGAACGGGAACGGGUCGUCGACUGCACUGCCGCCAUCUGUAGUCACGGUCGCCACAGGGGCGGGGGCAGGGUUAGAUCUGGAGGUUAGCUGGUGGUCAGGGCCCGGUCAGCCUCCUAACCCGGGGUUAAUUGGCCCAGCCUGUGAGAGUGCCACCAAGACCGAGUCGGAAGAAGACGAGGAUCGAAGAGGAAACGAUUUGACGACGGGAGUGGAGGGGGGAGGGUCCGCACUGGAAAUUAGUAACGGGUCAAAUGGAAAAAACGGACUGAAUGGAGAAAGUGGCUCGAACGGGCAACCGACGAGCAGUGGGGUAACGGCAGUCACAAGUCCUCCUAAGAACGGUGCCGGAAACGGCACUCCAAGAAAGCGGGUCAACGGUUUGCAGGAAAAGGAGGUUCAUCCGGAGGCAAAAGGACCGACAAACGAGUUCUCGGCACAGGAGUCACGGCGCUCUCCGGACGCGCAUUCAGAAUCGGAACUUCGGUCAGCCGUCGAAAACAUCACCAAGGAACCCGUCCCUAAACCCGGGUACACAGCAACGAAGACGGUCCGCUGGGAGGAGGAACGAGAACGGGGGCGUAAAACGGAGCGCCCUGACACCGUUCGCGAUCCAGUCACCGAGUCCAACUUCCAGCUGGUCGAUGCUCCGUAUUUCCCGGCAGAGUGCACGGUGAUCCCCCCUGAGGACCGGGACAUCAGGGCGGGCUUCAAGCAGAGGGUGGACGAAGUGCACCUGCGACGGUUGGACGACCUCCUGGAAAGGGGCGGAGUCCAUCGUCGUGUGGUUGCGGCCAUCACCAUAGCUGCGACGGUGGAGGCGGUGUGGGACGUUCUGACGGACUACGAACGGCUGAAAGACUUCAUCCCCAACUUGGCCCGCAGUGACGUCCGCUCGCGUCACCCCGAUGAGCGCCGGGUGCGGUUACACCAGGUCGGUGUGAAGUGCCUCUGCUACAUGGUGCUGCACGCGCAGGCGACGAUGGACAUCGUCGAACGGCCGUACAAGGAGAUCCACUUCAAGCAGAUCGACGGCGAUUUCGAUACGUUCGAGGGGCGGUGGCUCCUGGAGCCGCUGGGGCCGGGGCACACGAUGCUCAAGUACGUGGUGGAGACGCGCGUGCGCAAGAACUCGCUGCUCCCAGAGGCGCUGGUUGAAGAGGUGAUCUAUGAAGACCUGCCCGCCAACCUUUGCGCGAUCCGGAAGCGCGUCGAGUCGCUAAAGUCCAUCUACUCGGACCCCUCCUUCCGCAGCAGCAACGAUGACACCCCCGGAGCGAGCGCCCCUCCGAGGGGGGGUCGAAGCUGGGGCAGCCGGACCCCCACCUUAGCCACAGACGUCGCCCAGGUGUCGGAAAGUUCCCCUCGGAAAAAGACGCUCCGUCAUCUACCGGUCGCUCCUCCCGGAACGCUUUUCGAUACGAAAGUGAAACGCGCCCCGCAGGCCAAGCAACUGAGGAGGGUUAGGGCUAACCCGGUGCAGAAAGCGAGCGCGGGUUUUCCCCUGCGGAGGGCAAGACCAAAAGCCAGCAUUCUGCCGGAUACCGAGUCCCGCAAUAUGCGUCCUCUUAGCCGGCCAGACUUUGCGGAUUUUGGCGCUUUGACGGCGGCGCUCGAAGAGUUUAUCUUGCGCCACGGGGUUAUGGGGGUUAUGCCGACGAGGUCGCAGUUGCGGGGCUCGAAGCGGGCGGACCUGGAAAAAGGAAUGCGCUUGCACGGCGGCCCUGCAAUUGUCGCGGCACGACUGGGGCUGGAGAUUCAGCAUCAGCAGAAACCAGCGGGGUACUGGUGCGAUCUGGCGAACAUUGAGCGAGAGAUCAAGGCCCUCCAGCCCGUCAUCGGAGUAGACCGGGGCGUGAUGCCUUCGCGCCGGAUGCUUGAAAGAGCAGGGCGGUUCGACAUUGCCCGGGCCCUCGAGAAGUGGGGGGGCGCAAAGGGCCUCGCAGCGAAGUUGGGUCUGAAAGUUGUAAACAGAAAUAAAGUACGCGAUCCGGAGCGCACGUGUUGAACAUUAGAAGACGAAGCACGCGAUGUAGAUGUUUAUCAGACCCAGGUUGGUUCGAGCUGACCGGGUGAGUUGAUACUUAGUAGUUAAAGCGAUCACACUCAAUAGAGGUGCUCAAUAGAGUCAGCGAUUAGCAUGUAAAUACAAAAGACAGGCUAAAUGCUUAGGAUCGAAUCUGUUGGCGGGAGCAGCGGGCUCUUGCCAUGAAAAGCACGUACUCCAGUAGCGUCUGAAAAAGCAGGUUUGUAGGUUCGAUAGACGUCUAACCGACUUCAUCACGGACCAACACAUCUGACCAAUAUCU